GGGUUUGUUUGCCUCCAAAUUCAAACUGCUGGCCAAUGAGCGAGCGCUUAUAGCGGAGUGACAGGUGUAUAGCGCAGGCUUGUCUACACGAUUCUGGUUCCUAAUUUUCGAGUAGCCAAUACUGACUGCGGAUGGGCUGGAACUGAGUAAAUUGCAAAAUACAAAUUUGCUUCUUCUGGUUAGGCUACAUUAUAUCACGAGGGACACUGAAUUGAAUGGUUACUGUCUAUUCUAAAUAGUUAACUUAACGUUAUGGCUCUAUCGCAAUGUUUGGAAGAUUCACCUGUAAGGUGGCCGUCAAGAAGACAGGAAAAUGAUUUGAAUGUAAAGGAGUUAUACAACGAAAGGCACCGACUGGCGUUAGAGGAACUUAUUUCAGGUGGAGUUGAUUCGUUUUUGGGAUUUCUAAGAAAAGAGAGAAUACCGAACUUUCUCUCGGAUGACGAGAUCAGACGCAUUGGCCGUGCUGCGGUGGUUCCACGCGGUGUGUCCCUCCACGCGGAGGACGUGAUUUUUGAACAGUCGGUAAGCAGCUCCAUGGACUGCUCCUCGGUCACUUACUUCCCCGAGGUCUCGGACGUGGAGCCACCGCUGUUGGAAAUCGGCUGGCCCGCCUUUACAUCGGGCUCUUACCGAGGAGUCACUCGUGCUGUCGCCCACUUCCAACCCAGUUAUGGAGAAUGCAUCUAUAGUUGCAAGGAAGCUGCGAGAAGAAUGAUUCAAAGUGCCAAGGAGGUGAUCGCCAUAGUGACAGACUCUCUGACAGACCUGGACAUCUUUAAGGAUCUCCAGGAGGCGUGCACACAGCGCAGAGUUCCAGUCUACAUCCUGCUGGACUGGUCCUGUGUGCCGGCAUUCCUCAAAAUGUGCAACAACAUCAAUGUGCGCCUGGACGAUCUUAAGCAAAUGCGAGUGCGGACCAUAACUGGUGGUACAUACUUCAUGCGGUCAGGGGCCAAGAUUACUGGGAAGGUUCAUGAACGGUUCAUGUUGAUUGAUGGGAACAGAGUGACUACAGGCUCCUACAGGUUCAAUUGGACUGAUGGGAAACUAAACAGCAGCAACAUGAUCGAGUUGUCUGGCCAGAUCACUGAGAACUUUGAUGAGGAGUUCCGGAUUCUGUACGCUCAGUCCAUGCCUGUUAUUACCAGGGGCCCAGCCAGUGCCCGAAACAGUGGCAUCUACGACCACCUUCUCAUCAAACACCCCGUCACCUCAUCCCCUCAGCCGUGCAAAGAGAGGCCCCCAGUCAAGCCUGUCUGUCUGGAAGUAUUGGGGAAAACUGUCUGUCUGACCAGCACACCCAGCCGGGCCCAGGCUGUGGCAGUGCCGCCCUCCAGAGAAAUGACUGGGAAGAGCAGCCCGGUGUCGGCCUCCUCCACCAUAGGGGAAGACUGGAUGGAGCAGCGACACAUGCAGGAGGUCCUGGCUGGAAGUGCCGCCCAGUGCCUGCCCACAGGUGACCCUGCCACUGCCACAUCAGCAGUGGAUGUGCAGGUCACACCCUCCGUCCCUACCUGCUGUCAUGUCUCCACCCAGACCAGCUGCCCUGCGGUGGACCUUGGAGUGCAGACUGAUCUGACUCAGUACACUAAGCACCUCUCCCCCAACAAGGCUACAUUUACUCCAAUUACCAGCACCACGACUCAGACCAACAACAUUCAGAGUGAAGCUGCCGCCUCCUCAGAUUCUGUCUCUACCUCCCCCAGGCAGCACCUCGCCCCCCAUGGGGUGGACCGUCGCCCUGCAAUCCGUCACUGUACUCCACCCCCUGAUGGGAACCUGAGGGAGUGCUUCCGCAAGCUGACCAAAGAGCGUCAGUAUCACUACUCCACCAUCCGCUCCAAGCUGGAGCACAUGGUGACCAUGCUGUCCCACCGCCGUGAGCUGGUGGACCUCACCAACAUGGCCCUGGGGCCUGGGCUGCACAGAGCAUCCAAUGCCCAGAAAGAGCGGAGACAGAGGCAGGGACAUAACCCUGGCCUGCUGAUGGACAGUGUGGGCAUGGGCACAUGGCCAAGGGCUAGAUGUUUACACUAACAGGACUUACAGGGCUGCAGGGGCUUGAAGGUGGAGGGUGUUGUAGAAACCGCUCUGUGUUUUGUAGGUAUACACUACUUGAAACAAAUGGGUUUAAAGAGCAAUAUGACAUUUGAGAAUUAGUCUUCCUUAGAGUUUAGAAUUUGAAAGUAUGUGUCACUGUGUCUGUGUUGUGAUGUAGCCUUCUUCCUAUUUUUAUUGUGAAUCUGUCCCUUUUCUUUGACCCCUGUUUGAACAUUUCUACUUUAGAAACUGAUGUCAAAUGGCAGUAGACAGGCGAUGGAUAUACUGUAAUUUGCCUUGACUAUUUUUGCUACAAAAUGUAAUGUUUUUAAGUGUAGACAUUGUGCAGUAAGACACAAUCUAUAUAUAGUUUUGAUGAUUUAAAAAAAUAUAUAUUGAAACAAUAAGAUUGUCCAAAGAUUUAUUUGAGAAAUACUGUAAUUGCAAUUCAUAAAUUGAUAUUUGAUGAACAUUUUAGAUGAGACAUUUUGUCUGUAACUAACAUUUUAUUAUACAGCAUUCUAACAUUCAGUUUAACUUGUUAGGUUCCAAUUUUGAGUAAAUAACUCACGGACACUAGAGAAGCUUAACCAAGUUGAAUUCUUCCCAAAGAGUCGUUACAGCUGUAAUUCAGACAAACUCUUUUCACACAAGCACGGAUAUUUAACCCUUUCUCCUAGGCUGAGUCUCCUUUGCAACUGAACAGCCAAUGCAUCUCUGUUGUUAGACAGAACUUUAGUGAUAUCUGUUCUUCCUCACUUCAUCUAACCUGACCUCUACCCCAAAGUGCUCACUCCUCCCCAACUCCAAGGCUGUCAUGGUUAUUGAUACCAGACGGUGUCUCUUCUCCACCCAGAGGAUCCCUGAUGGCUAAAAAUAACAUGUCCUGACAUAAUUAUACAUCACCCUCUUUUCCUCAGUGACAUUGUUAGGUUCUAAGCUCUCCACCCGUCUCCCCUACACAUUCCCAAAGCCAUCUAACUCCUACAGAAAUCCAUUCACUUCUGAUGUAAAAACCAGUCUAUAUCAUCUCUCAGAUACCAUACUUCUGAUCUAUCAUGUCUAGUAUAGCAAUGUUAAAAGUUUACCCAGAAUCGAACAAACUAAAUCUGAGUACUGCGAAAGCAGUUACGUGUUAUUAUAUCAAUGUAUGUACUUUAUUGCUUACACUUAAAAUAAAGGAGUAUUUUACGUAU